CCUAAACGGGGACCCCUGCAUACGCCCUUGGAAUAUCCAAUCGUAUCGUUUGUCGGGAACCUUGAAGAUGAGCAGACCACAUCUAGAUUUUUGAUGCCGAGCAUCUACUCGUAGACUGCUCUCAACCGUCGCAAUGAUUCAAUUAAAGGUAUGCUUACUCGAACAUCCACAUACUGUAUACAGAUGCAGAAGCUAACCAUCCUCGCAGUCGAUGCUGAAUUGCAUAGACAACUCUGGCGCCGCCAUUGUUGAAUGCGCAAAGGUGAUGAAGAUGCAUCGGGGCGCCAAAAUCGGUACGAAGUCCAGCUCCUGACUGGAAACACCAGACGGUACUUACGCGUACUCCAGGCGAUCGUAUAAUUGUUGUCGUCCAGAAGCAGAGGAAUUUCGGUCCCGAAUCAGGCCCAGGUGCCAGCGUUUCUACAUCCGCCGCGAACAAGGUCCGAAGAGGGGAUAUCAGACAUGCGGUGGUGGUGCGGACGAAGAAGAAGUUGCAGAGACCUGAUGGAAGUGUAGUGAAAUUUGAUGAUAAUGCUUGUGUGUUGAUCAACAAGACUGGGGAGCCUAUUGGAACGAGAUUAAAUGGUAGGAUUUUGCCACAGUAAGAUCUAUUGCAGAGGAAAGUACUAAUAUGAGAUUGUAGGAGUCGUGGGGACUGAGCUAAGAAAGAUGAAGUGGUCAAAAAUCCUCUCACUAGCACCAAUGCAUUUGUAGAAAACUUGUAUCAAAUGAGGCACCGUGUAUCAAAGGCGACAAGG